CUUGGGUUAGGGCAGAAGGACGAAUAUAAGCGAUUUUAUGGUGUUAAAACAAAAGUUUAAAUUACAGUAUCAUCCUCGAAUAGAUUCACGCGGUUUCUUAUCUGAAGAUGUAAUUAUCAGUUCUAGAGGAGGUCACAGUAUUACUGUCGGUGAUGUUAUUGAAGUAUAUCAUGCCGAGGAUGUACAUCAUGCACUGUUCUUAGUAACUCAUCUUAGUGAUGAAUUACAAAAUCGUGAUGUUAUCAGUGUUGAACAGAGUCUUGCACACACCUUCAAGUUACAACAGCAUAAAAGUGUUAUUGUAAAUGUUAUUAGCAAAGAAACUGUUUCAUUGGAUUUAGUCGAGUUAUACUUUCGUGACCAGUAUUUCAGUCGAAGAGAUUUCUACAAUAUAACACGAAAAUUAGUUGGUACUGUUGUUCAUGUAAAUAAAAAGUUGACGUGUAAUGAAAUGAGAACUCAAGUAGGUGAUUUAUGGCGACUUGGUGAAAGAUACUCGUGUGGAUAUGUGGAUUCAAAGACUAAGAUAAUUUUUCGUUCAUCCACAGCUGUCAUACAUAUUUUCAUACAAAUGAGUCAAGAAAUGUGGUGGUUUGACAACAAUGGGGAUCUUCAUUUGGAGAAAGCGUUUAAAUUUCUAUCGAAAUUAUUUCUAAGAUUUUGGCCGGAGAAUAACUGUAAUCAUGAUACAACGGUUGUAUUUUUCACACGUAUCUAUAUUGAUGAUCUUCCGUCUGCGUAUACACAAUCCUUUAAACAAGAUGUUCAAGGGAGAUUCUAUGAAGAUUUUUACAGGGUAAUUAUACAAAAUGAACGUUUUACAACAGAUGAAUGGAAACGUGAACUUGGUCGAAUGCAAUAUGAAGUGAUUGAAUUUGAAAAGCAUAUCUAUUCUUAUAUGUAUAAUGCUUAUCCAUUAAUGGCUGAAAAUCCGCAUCAAAAAACAAAGCUGAAUAUUUGUACAGCUAUGGAUGCAAAUCUAUUGGAAGUAUUAAAUAUGGCGAUUAAUCUUUAUUCGGGAUAUAAUGUUGAUCGAAAUUUCGAUCGUACUGGAAAACUUUUAUUUGUCAUAACACCAGGAUCAGGUGUAUAUCAUGUCAACGAAAAUCUUCUCAUGUUAACAAAGAAAAGAGUUCUUGAUUUGGGUGUUGGAGUUGAUUUAAUCUGUCUAGCAGAGCAACCUCUUCAUGCAGUUCCGUUAUUUAAAAUACUAUCUGAAUCGUUCAUUAAUCCAGAAGAAUAUAUUGCACCUCACUGGAUUAACUGCAGCUAUUUCAAAUCAGCCCAAGAAUUACGAUACAUUGAAAUGGGUAAACCGUUCCCACGUGUUAAAGUUGUUUCUUUCAAGGAUUCAGACGAUUUCCUGCUUUCCAAGAAUAAUGAAGAUAUUCCGCCGAUCACUGGUGGUCAACUGCAAAAUCAAAAUGAAGAACUAUCAUCAGAUGAAUGCCACGAUAAGAAUAGUACUCAGACUACAACAUUAGCAACAACAACAACGACAACAACUACAAAAUCAUCUCUUCCAAUUUAUCGUAUUGUUUAUCCUUUCUGUCAAGUACCAUCCUUAUUUAAUAAUCAUAAUAAUAAUCAUAAUAAUCGAAUAAAGCAUAACAAAGUUCAUCCUCCUCCAUUGAGCAAUGAAUUAUUUAAUGAAAGUUUAACUAAAUCGAAUGAUUCAAUAAUCACAACGGGAACAAUAACAACACCAACAACAAUAAAAACAACAGCAACAACAACACCAGAUGACUAUUCAUCUAGUACAUUAGAUGAUAAUCGUUUACGUAGAACAAAUCCGACAUUAACAUCAACAUCGACGUCAUCAGCAUCCUCGUUAACUGAUGCAUCAUCAUCGGUGAAUUGUACAACACUAAGCGCUAUCAAUACUGUUCUAGCUGUUGCUAAAGCUAGACGUGCAUCAGCCUGCUCGACGACCUCUUCGGCGUCUUCAUCAUCCUCAUUGCAUAAGAUAACGACUUUAUCACUUGGUAAUGAAUCAGGAGAUAUUAGAUCUGCAACUACUAAUAUAGCUUCUAGUGGUUUGUUAAUCACUUCCUCUGGAGGAUCUCGUCGUAUUGAUGAUACUAGGAUUAGUGGAAGUAGUAGUAGAGGGGGUGUCGACCGUCACCGUCAGCAGCAACAGCGGUAUCAUACUGGUAGUCUGGAUAGAUGGCAGUAUUGUUCAGGCGGUGAUAAGUAUCUUGCCUACUCUUCACCCCCACUACGACAGCCGCCGCCAUCAUUAUCAGGGAAUUUGAUGUAUUCUGAGAAAAAAUCACUAACGCUACCGAAUACACAUUCAAUUAGUCAUAUGCAGAAUUCGUUAUCACGUGUUCCAUCGAAAAAUCAUGUUACAAAUCCUAAUAAUAAUAAUGUAAUAAUUAUAAUGGUAACAAUGGUACCACUGGGAACUUUACAAAUACUAUCGCUUCACUUCCAUCGAAUCAGAACACAAAGUUUCAGUGGUGAACAAAAGUUGAGACUGUCCUCUAUUGAUUCUAGUUUAAAAGAGAUGCAUAGUUCUCUGAUGAAUACAGGAGGUAGACGAGAUAGUCUGGAAGGUGUUUGUCAACAGGAGAGUACUCUUUCACACUCUCGAACGAUGGAUGUUGUUAUGUCCGAUGGACAGCAUACAAAUCUAUCGGCUUCAUCAAGUCCCUGGAGUGUAGCCAAUUAUCAGUCGAGUGGAUUACGUGGUUAUAAUUCAAAGAAUCGUCGUACUGGUGGUUAUGGCGGUGGUGGUGGUAUCUUGUCAUUAUCUGGACCAUCUUGUCAAACUCCAUUACCACUAGGGAAUAUUGCUCGUCGUAAAUCUACUAUGACACUGUAUCCAACAAUUAAUUCAGCAGCAUCAUCAUCAACAACGACACCAACGACCACACCACUACAUUCAGCUGUUAAGCCUACAAUCAACACCAAUCAACAGUUUUAUUAUUCUGCACGGAAUUCAACAAGUUAUGCAGCUAGUUCACUUAUCUCUGGAUCAUACUUCCCGUUUGGUUUGGGGGCGAAUUCCUCCAGAAUUCCAAUAUCUGCUGGUCAACGGAGAUGGGCACUUGUUCGGCCAUCAGAUGAAUACGGUAGUACAAUUACACCUCAUUGUAUUAUAACAUCUUCAGAUGAUAUUGACAUUAUGUUUCCAACACCAUUACCUUAUAACCUUUGUGAGAUUUGGGCGGCAUAUUUCAACUUUUUACGCGCAUAUCUACAAGAGAAAAGUGCUGCCAAGGAUUCAACUCAAGUGUGCAAUUCCAAUUUAUGCAGUCUUAAAGAUAUUACAACAACUACAACAAACAAUAAUAGUAAUAUUAAUGGCAUAGUAGUAAAUCAUACAACUUCAGACCAUCAGCAACAGCAACAACAACAACAACAGCAAUUUGGAUUGCGUAAAGCUAAAGUAUCCAUGUCUUUAAAGUGUCUCCCCAAUUAUGAUGAACGUCCUAGUGAAAAUCUAAAUGUACCACAUAAUCGUUUACCAUCAUCCCGGUUACCCCCUGCUUCAAUGUUAUCAUCACAAGGUGUUUCCUCGGCUCCGCUGUCUUCUCAUUCUGACGAGAAUAGUAAACAAUGCGAUCCUAUUAACAAUAACAAUAAUAAUGUGACCCCUGCAAAAACUAAUGUAUGCAUAAAUAAUCAGCCAACUGGACCGCCAGUACUCCAACAACAUCAACAGCAACACCAUCAAGAUCAACAAAUUUCUGUUAUCCAUGAUGGAUCAGAGAAUUUAUCUGAGUUAUCUGAAAAUUCAUUGAAAGCUUUACAACUACUGUUAGAAGCUGUCAAAAGUACAAUGUUGAAUUUCUCGUCUACGGGUGGUGGUACCAUUUCCAGCUAUUUGUCUACAGCUUCGCUGGCAACAUUCUCAUCAACGUUAAUACCACAAUCGGCAUAUUUCUAUCAUAAAAAAGGACAACAUUUCCUGUCUACUAAUGGUAGUACUGUUAGUAGUACUACUUCGUCGACUACUACCACUACUACGACUAAUGCUAAUAAUAACAAUACUAAUAGUAUUAGUAAUAAUAACAAUAAUAAUAUUAACAGUCAUAAUAAUAACAGUACUGAUGAUCAAAAUUUGUACGGUGUACAUUUGAAUAAUUAUAAUAACUUGUAUCAUAAACACGCGGUACCUAAACGCAUAGGUGUUGAUUGGAAAUCGUUGAUUGUACCAGCCUGUCUACCUGUAGAUACAGACUAUUUUCCAGAUACUAAUCGUCUACGCAGUGAAUGGUAUAUCCUACACGAUUAUCGUGUUGUACCGAGUGGUAUGUCACUGGAUGAAUGGAUGUCAAUCAAUAAUGAUGAUCUGGAACCUGGAGCUUAUUACAAUCACCGUCAGUUGACUGCUCGUGAAGUAUUUCAAGAAAUGGUACUACAAAGAAUUAGCCAGGGAUUUCAACUAUGCCAUGAAGCAGUACAACAGCAACAUAAUCCAACGAAUUCCAAUCCUGUUGAACAUCAUCAGCAACAUCAUCAUUCGCCUGCUGCUGCUCCUGCCGCUGCUCCCGCCGCCGCGACUGCUACAACUACGAACACUACUACUACUGAUGGUAAUAAUAGUAGUAGCAGCUGUAGUGCAGAUUGUGGUAGUAGUCCUACAAGCAGCGGGAAUAACAGUAGCACGAAUACGACAACAUCUGGAACUAUACCACAGACAUCGAAUCCAAAUCAUGCUAAUAUUAAUAGCAAUAAUAAUAAUAAUAAAUCACAGCAUAAAUCUUUUAUCAAACAAAACGCUGAACGUCGAGAUCAACGGAAUUCUUCUCAUAAUAGUAACAAUAUCACACGUAAACCUACUAAUCCUAUUACUAACCCUCCUACUCCAACUACGACGACAACGGCGAUUGUGACUGCCAGUAUACCGGCGAAUAUGAACACUAAUAUUAAACGAUUCAGUCAUUUAUCAACGCACAGGAAUCCAACAAAUCCCCUCAUGAAACAACAGCCAUCACAUCGUUAUCAUCAUCAUCACCAUCAACAGCAGCAUACAACACGUUUAUCAUCACCUAAAAUGAAUAGCAGUAAUACUACUAAUACUGUUAAUAGUAGUAUUAAUAGUAGUAGUGGUAAUAUUAGUACUGCUAAUAGUACCGUAGUAUCCCAAUGCUUUAAAAGUUCCUAUGGUGGUGGACGUAUCCUAGGCGUUGGUUUAACAAUCAACAGAAGUGGAAACCAGUCGACCAGUACUAGUACAGCUACCAGUACCAGCGGUAGUAGUAGUAGUGGUGGUGGUGUAGGUGGUCGAGGAGUCGGUGCCACCGGCGGUGGUGGAACAAUCAGUGGAUCAACAACCAUGACAACAUCAAUUGGCGGUAGAUAUCUUCAGCCAAUGCAUAAAUUUCAUAAUAAUAGUAAUAAUAAUAACAAUAUAAUGACAAAGUCUACUUUAGGCACAAUAUCAAAAUUUGGUGAUACAGCAGAUCAACGGGUGAAAACAGCGUGUAAAUUAAGCAUUGGUCAUCUGUUCCAUUUAAUCUCGCUAGAUGAAGAUUCAAUCGCUGUGACAAGUUAUCGACAAAUCGAUAAAAUUAUCAAAAUCGCCUACUCGUAUGCUUUACAAGUACCAGAUGCUAAAUCCUAUGUCUCGCUGAAUACAAAUUUCACAAAUGAUUCAACAGUUAUCCUCAAUUGGAAUUAUUUAGACAAUUAUUUAUGCAAUCGUGGUAUCAGUGACUCGUUUCGCUUACUCCCGAAUCUGAAAUUUUGGCGAAGUCGUUUCUUCAUAUUACCAAUUUAUAGUAAUGAAACUAGACGGUUAACUGAAGCCAUCAGAGACAAUACAACUGGUUCACGAAUUCCUUGCGACGUUUUCGAAUCGGAUUAUACGAAUAUGAAUCGGGAGAAAACUUGUGAGAGAUUUGUUCACUUUAUUGAAUCAGUGAAUCGUAUUCGUCGAACAGUUAUACCUAGUCGAAAAAUCAAUCGUCAGUCGGUUGCCGAUAAACCUGAUGCUUAUCGUACAAGCACAUGUAAUCUGCCUAGUUCCAAUACGCUAAGUGAUUCAUCUAUGCCUACUACACCUAUAUACUGUGUUACUACUGGUGCGCAAAAGUUAAACAAAACUGGUUCACUUACAACAGCAGCUGCCUCAACGCAUACAAUACGAUCAUCAACAAUUAUAUCACCCAGUAUUAUUGGAUUAUGCAAUGAAUCAUCGAAUGAGGGUAGUAACAGUAAAAACAGUAACAUCAGUACUAAUACUGUUCAACCUACUGGUGGUGGUGGUACAGCAGUACAGACAAAUGUCCCCCCGAUAGAUGAUUGUCAAUCGACUACAUCUUUGCCUAAUCUACUUGGUAUAUUUUAUCAGUCGUCCGAGGAUCAAUCUAGUCAACCUAGUCAAACAUCAUCUUCUGGUAAUAUGUCAACUGGAAAUAUACGUUCAUCAUUGAAUUCAAUCACUACACCCUACUCGAUUGUAGCCUUUAUGAUGGCUGAUAAUGAAAAUGGUCUGCCGUUUAUUUUAGCAUCAACUACAAAUGCUUUUCCUGAUUAUACAUUUAUAUCUAUUGAUGCAGUGAAUUGGGUGAUUAAAUGGUUUCUUGAUAUUGGAACAAUUGAACAGGCUGUUAUCUAUCUACAGCAAUUAAUAGAGGCUGGUUGGUUGUGUCAUACAUCUGGAAAUCCUAAACAUGCCUUCAUCUAUGGGACAUACUUUUAUACUCUGCUUAUACCUGAUUUAAAACAGUCAGGUAGCUGUGCAUCGAAUGAACUACCUAUCAGUCUGUCUACAUCGGAUAGUAAUGAGUUGAGCAUUACUCAUUCUGCACCAGUUACACCUGUACAAUCGAAUGCAUGUCUUUCAGCCAAUUCAACAACACCUACUACGAAUGUGAAUUCUUUUGUUGGUAGUGUUACUGCAACGAAUACAAUGGCAUGUUGUAGUACUUCUACUAGUACGCAUAGUUGUAGUGUUGCUCUCAGCAGUAAUACUGGUGGUUCUCUGUCAACAAUAUCAACAAUAACAACAACAUCGACAACAGCAACAACAACAACAGCUAAUAUUAAUACCACGAAUACUCCAGUAACUACUACUACCACUACUACUAACAACAGUAGUAAUAGUAGUAGUACUAGUGCUAGUACCGCUAGUAUCGUAUCUUCUACACUACUUAAUCCAACUGUCUCCAAUCUAACAUCAAUCAAUAAUAAUUCAUUUGCUAAUCAAUCCAAUAUCGAUUUAAGCCUACAACCUUCAUCAUUUCCUAAAGGUUAUAUACCAAAAUUAUCAAAUGAUUCUUCUAAGUGGACAUGUGUAUUUCAAAAUGAAUGGGCUGAAAUUGCCAUAGUCUAUUAUGAUGGUACAGAUGGACAACAACUACUGUCUAGACAACAGAUGAUACGUGGUGAGAAGUGUACAAAUUUGAAUGAUUCACCAAGCACUGCUGACACAACACCACCACCACCAGCAACAACAACAACAACAGUGACUACUAGUACUACUACUACCACUAAUGCAGGGAAUAGUAGUCAAACCAAUGAUUCAUCAUUGUCGCCUUUACCUUCUUCUUCGUCUUCUUGUUCUACACCUCGAAUUCAAUGUAAAACUUCAACAGAGAAAGAUUGUUUUAUGAAAGAUGGUUUAUUGAAGUAUUCAUUGAUUUCUUCAUUGUUUGGAAUACCUGAUAAAACUGGAUUUCAAGAAAUUGAUCAAAUUCUACGUAAAAGUUGCCUGUGUGAUAUGGAUGAACCAGACGAUGAUGGUCGAGUGGAAUGGGCGCAUUGUGUAUACGAUGCAAAUUAUCAUCCGACUUGUGCAUUUUCAAUUGAACUUCAAUGGCUUGUUGUUACAGGUGGACGAAUGGCUGAAUUGGUAGCAUUAUGGCAUCAAAAAGCUGGUGCAGCUAAUCUCCACUUUUUCCCAGUACCAUGUUUUCCAUUCAAUCAAUCGGAUAAUGACUUUUUAUCGGAUAAAGAUCCCCUGCGUAAACCAAUAUUUCUACCGAUCAAUAUAAAUGUAUUGAUUGAAACAGUUGAGACAAUUUAUUCCACUGAGAAGAAUACUCAUCAACAUCAUCAGAAUAACAAUUUAUCAUUAAAAUGUAAAGCUAAAGGGGUUAACAGCUGCUCAGAUAUGAAUUUGAUCGAUAUAUUAGAAUAUUUAUUCCCUGAUAUCCCAUACGCGGAACGGUUGACCUGUAUUCGUUGCUUUCAAGACUCUAUACUUAGAAGAUUUGGUUUUAUUAGUGAUAAUUGUGAUAAAGAUCGUUUAAAUUAUGAAUUACACGGUCGGCGGGCUUUCAUCUCAUGUAAUUCACCAAAACAAUGGAUCUAUGUACACUGUAGUGGUGGUAUAUUUACUAUGAUACCAUUAUAUGACAAUUUUGAUGAAAAACUACAAUCUGACGAGACUAUCAUUGAUAAUACUGACAUCUUGGAAACUUCAAAUGGUCAUAAUACUGAAGGAACACCAACAACAACAACAGAGAACAUGACUGCUGACAGCUUUAAAGACGAUAGGAGGACUCCUACUAGUAGACCAACCGCAACUACAGGCAAAAACGCCACUGAAACACUGUCAGAUCGUAGUAACAAUUGCUAUUUGCUGCAAACAUCACUGGGUUACUUUUGGGCAUGGAAUCAUAUGCUGCCAAGACGUUGGCGUGGUCAUCUUACCGGGGAUGAAUCAUUUCAAGAUGGUAUGCUGGCUGAUUUUAGAGCAUUUGUCAAUGGAGAAGAUAAUCGUCUGUCGCAAUAUUUCAGUCAAUUUAUAAAGUCGUUAGCCAAUUAUUAA